CCCUGCUUACUGCAUGUAGACUUGCCACCGUUGCCUCAUCGCACAUUUAUUACUCCGUUGUGUAGUCAUGGGGCCACAGGCACUGGGCUGAUCAACGCAAUAAUUAUGCCACGAUCGCCAGUUUGUAAGAAAGAAGUCAAAUACCAGCCUGAGGCAUUCAAAUUCAGAAACAUCAUCAAAAUCAACAAUGACAGAAGCAGCUAUCUUUCCCCAGACUUUGCUGAUACCCCGCGUCAUCGGAAACCUACGAAGAGUUGUGCUUCGGGCUGACAGGGAAGCGGUGAUCGCCGCCGCCUCUAUCGCUGCCUCUAAUCGCUAUCACCAAGUUCUGCCAUGUGCCAGCCCGUCCGCGAAGCUUCAGCUAAGCAUAUCUGCGCCGAGCGAUGUAGACUUGGCAAGCAGACAUGUGAAGUUGGAUGCUGUUGAUUGGGGAGGAGACAUGAGCUCACAGUUAACCAUGCAUAGGCCCUGAUUGGACGCUAUGCAGCCCAGAUAAGGGCCUUCUCGUCCAUAUCUCUGGGAUGCAAUAGUUGCAUGAUACGAACCCCUUAGCGCGGGAGCCCUUAGAUUACUGCCAGUUCAUAGUAGCAUCAACCCCGGAAUGUCUGCCUGUUCUGGCCACAGCCAUCAUCAGAUUGAGCGAUGAUUCUAGGUCGAGUCUGGAGGAUGGAGUGUAUCUAUCCUCCACCUGGCACCUGACACCUAUUGUCAUGGAAUGCUACACACAUUCUAGAACAAAGAUAGUACCUCAGGCCGCUUGUCUCUGAUACCAGCCGAACUGGACUUCCUUAUCAAGAGCCCUCCUUUCCCUUCCCGCCUAAUCAACUACCUUCCGCCGGCUUCCUUUUCCUCCCCGUUUAGCAGUUAAUUAAACCCGCCAGUGCCCUGCACAUGCAACCCUGCAUUAAAUAUUUUACCCUCUCCUGUUGCCUAGCCCCGAU